UGUUGGUUUGCAGCUGUUGUUAGUGGUUGAAUUUCGCAUUUUCUUGUUUUGAUUUGAAGCUUUGGGGUUUCAACUGGCUCAAAGGUCAAGAAAUAAUUAACUGAAGCAGUUGCAGUUCGAUGAUGUCAAGGAACUGGCAGCGAAAGGCGAUUUGAACUGACAAACGAAGAGCAGAGACUGAGACAGCCGACAGGCUCAAGAAACGACUCCAACUUGUUGCACAAUCUUCAUUGCACGGCGAAAAAGUGGCAAAAUUUCGCUGCUAACUUUUCGAAGCAUUUAUUUACAAACUAUUUAACCUCACUGAAGGAGUGGAAGCAUGAAGCUUUACAGCGUAUCUGUGUUGUACAAAAACCCUCAUGUCGCUCAGACCCUGAAGGCAGCUCAGGAUUUGCAAAGUUUUGGCUUCUUUCAGAGAGGUAGUGUCCAAGAGUUCAUGACAUUUACAAGCAAGAUUCUUGUAGAACGAUCGCAGCAGUCUUCUCGGCAGUCUGUGAGGGAGCAAGAGUACAUGUGUCAUGUGUACGUGAGGUCUGAUAACCUGGCAGGAGUCGUCAUCUCAGACCAUGAGUAUCCACAGCGUGUUGCUCACACCCUGAUCACAAAGAUCCUGGAUGACUUCACGGAAAAUGUUCCACCACAGAGCUGGCCUACAGGCACUCCAGAAACCAUCAACUUUACUGGCCUUGAAGCUAUGCUGGCUCGAUAUCAGAACCCCAAAGAAGCUGAUGCAAUGACCAAGAUCCAGAGUGAACUGGAUGAGACAAAGAUUAUCCUGCACAAUACAAUCCAGAGUGUUCUGGAGAGAGGGGAGAAGCUAGAUGAUCUGGUUUCUAAGUCAGAAGAUCUCAGUCUACAGUCUAAGACCUUCUACAAAACUGCAAGAAAAACCAACUCUUGCUGUAAUCUGGGAUAGAUAUGAAGAGCCUGCGAUGAAAUGGUAUCAUGUGUGCAUUAUAAAUGUGUCACAUGUGUCUGUGUAUUUUGAAGCAUUGUUUAUGAGAAGUUUCAGUUUAUUCCAUUCCAGAGGGCUGUUCACGGACCCUGUGUGCGGUCGGACCGCACACAGCCUCCAAGCUCCGCCCACUGCGUCCCUACGUCAGCCUUCCGUCACCGCACACAGCGACCGCUGUGGCCGGUCGGGACUGGCCACAGCGGACCGUCCACCGCACGCAGCCGUGACGUCAGAGCCGCCUACCCAUCCCCUACCCCCACGCCUGCUGGACGCACCGCACACACCGCACGCAGCAGUGUGCGGUGCCCGUGAACACCCCCCAGGAGUAUGCUGGUAGGUACAGUGAUGGCCGACAUGGAAGCAUUCUGGUCCAAAGGUUAAAAGUUAAAACUUAUUGAAUACUGCUGCCGUGUUGUCAAUGUGCCUCUUAUAGGCAGUUUUAUUUGCCUUAAGCUUAUGAUCAGUUGUCUGUGUUUGCCUUAUGUUGACCAUAUUUUUGUGACAUCUUCAAUGCUAUCCACAGUAGUCUUGCCCUAAAAAUUUGUCACCACUCGCUGGAUUGUGUUCAUGUAUGCUUACCCAGAGGCCUGGAGAGCCUCACCAUCAUGGCACAUAGCCAGACAUUGUGUGGUCAAUGUUAGUAGCUGUUAAUAAAUGUACAUUGGAUGCAAGACAA